AUGUUUACUGCAAGACGUAUUUCCAGCACGGAGGUGGAAGAUGUACAAUGCUUGAAUAGGCUGCAUGCAUGGGACAAGACCUUGGUGAUCAAAAACAAUGGUGAUUUCGAUAUAUUCUCUAGUGAAGGUUUACAUACCUAUCGCCAGCUGUGGAGUGAAAAGAUAUUUGACACGGGAUACUCAGAGGCGUUAUCUACAUUGUUCGUACAGUGUGAACGAAGCUUGGUUCUCUUCAAUGUGGGUAAUAUGGAGCAGUACGAUAAAAUAGUGGAUAAAAGAGGAAUUUUAGGGUUUUGGUGUCUAGAGAACCAUUGCGAGAACGAAGUCGACCAGAGAACAGUAGUUGUUAUACUAUUGAAUACAAGAGUUCCUAAGAUCAAAGUACUUACAUGGGUAUCUAAGAGUUUUCUGAGAAUGGUCGAAAUCCCGUUGUCUUCUAAAAACGAACACAUUGCAUCAGUUAACUUGGUUGACCAGGGAACUAUCAUUGCAACGAAUAAAGGUGUUUUCCUUUGUAAAUUUGGAGGUAGUGAACUAAUAAGUAUUGACAAAGCUGUGACUCCAAAACUUCCGACUUGUUUGCCUGACUUACUUCAAAAUUUAUACGAGGUUAUAGAUCAUAGUUCAUCCAACGACAAUGAGUCAGUCGCCGAUUCAUUCGCUUGGUCGUCGAUAUCAGGACUGUGGUUGUCAGAAAAGAGGAAAAGAAGAGCAAUGUCUUCCAAAAAUGUACGGUAUAUGUUUAACAUUGACCAUGUUACUUGUUUCCUUUUAGAUGGAAACUCGCAGAUGUUACUUCAGUUCAAUGCUACUGAUGACGGAUUAUUUUAUCUGAAAGCGUUACCACAUGAGAAUUUCUUCCAAAGAAAUAUUGAUUUUGAUCGUUGUCUAUAUCUAGGUUCCAACUUCAUGGCUCUUUACAAUACCUCUAGUUUAAGAAUUGUUGAUUACGAACAAGGUUUUGUUUUCCUGGAUAUCGAUAUUCCCAACGGUAUCAAGAAAGUUUAUCAUCAAAACGAAGCCGAGAUAAUAAUAUGGACCACGAAAGGUGUUAUAGAGACUUAUAGGAUUGAUAUUGAUGAGAGUCUAGACAUGGCGGUUAGCUCGAAAAAUGGUUCAAUGUUUGAUUUAAACUUUGAUACUCUUGAGAAAAGAACCGUGUUUUACAGAAAUAUUUUAAAGUCUGAACAUCUUCCAUUGAUAAAAAUGAGCGAUGAUAAUAAUGAGUUAAUAAUAUCAUGUGUUAUGAAACUUCGAGAUUUUUGUAUUGUAUAUGCAUUACAGGCAUUUGAUAGAGCUCAAAAAUUGUACUAUAAGAGUAACCAACAACAAUUCCGGAAUUCAAAGAUUGCCGAUUUAUACGACACCAUUAUCAAAAGAAUAUCUCAACUUCUCCUUCAAUUCCUAGCACCUCCUGUAUUGACAAUUUCUUAUUGCUUCCCGGAGAUAGCAGAGACUAUGAGUGAUCUCUUUCCACAAAAGAAUCUGUUUUUAAGAGAGACCUCUGGAGAAAUUCCUAUUAACCUCGUCAAAAAAGGUUUCAUACCAUACUUGACAGAGGUUAGAAGACAUUUGAAAAAUAUUCGUAACGGGAACGAGACUGUUUGGUCAUAUGAUCAGAUAGAUUUGAAGCUUACUCUUUCAUUUUUCCAAAAUCAUAACCAAGAAGAAUUAUCAGUUAAUGAGUUACUAACUAUCGUUGACACGACACUUUUUGAAAUAUACGUCAAAUGUAAUAAAACAAUGGUUGGUUCAUUAGUUCGAGUGGAAAAUAGCUGUGAUUUCACAAUUGUUGAGCAUCUCUUGAAAAAGGAAAAGAUGAUCCACGAGUUAAUAGAUUUCUACUUUUACAAUGGGCAACAUAAAAAGGCCUUAAUGCUUCUCACUGAAAUGUUAGAUCAUGCUGGAAAUCUAGAAAACGCCCUUAAAACUUUGAUCAUUGAUUAUCUUAAGAAGUUAGUAUUGACAGACUUGAAACUCGUCUUCCAAUACUCCGACCUUUUAUUGAAUAGGUAUCCAGAUGAACUGUUUGAAAUUCUUACUUUGAUCUUUCUUCAACCGCUUCCUAUCAGUAAAGAACUGUCUCAUAAUGAGAUUUAUGAGUAUAUUGAUUCUAAAAGACCGGAACUAUCAUUGUCAUAUCUUGAGUUUGUUGUUGGUGAGUUACAGUACUCAGAUUCUAAAAUAUUCUGCACAUUAGUGAAACGUUAUCUAACUAACAUCUCCGAUCAAAUGACGAUAAGAAAGCUUCACGCUGUUCUAAAAUCAUCAAAAGAUUAUGAUCCCAGAAGUGUAUUGAGAAUAUUGAAAAAUUCAAUCAGCGAACACGAACAAGGACAUUCUUCAGAAGUAAAAGCAUUAAAGUAUCUCUCAAUUUAUCCACUUAGAUUAAUGGGCGAUCAUGAAGUUGCAUUAUCUUUACUUUGGGAUGAUCUCAAUGACUAUCAACAGAGUUCUGAAUAUUGUGAGUCCCUUUAUAAAACUGAUAAGGUGAGUGGAUCUAAGCUCUUAAUGUUGUUUUUAGAUAAGAUUCUGGAAUUUGAUGAUGAGAACAGAAAAGCACAACUAUUGAAAAUAUUCUUGACAGAACAUGGAUUCAAAUUAAAUAGUGAUCAAGUUUUGCUCAAAUUACCAAUGGAUAUCUCAAUUGCAGAUGUCUCUACAUUCUUUAAUACAGAACUAAAAGACAAGACCUCGAAGCAAAAUGAUCUCAAUUUGCUAAAAGGAAUCCUAACCUCAGAAAUGAUCAAAGCUAAUUAUGAUCUCGCAAAUGUGUUAAGCGAAUUUUUUGUUCUUUCAGAAGAAAGAAAGUGCCCUAUGUGUAAUAGACCACUUAAGAACACACCUACUGAGUACUUGGCGAUAAUGUCAUAUAAGAAUAAACCAUACGUGAUGUGCUUAAAUUGUGCCCGGAAGUUACAAGCGAAGCUUCAACAAGAAAAUACUAUGAGUUCCAAAGAAAUUCCAACGCUAGCGCAACUUAUUUAG